AGUAGUUGCACAUCUCACUAGCGCUGUUAACAAAUUAAUUAUUAACAAAUUAAUUAUGUUAUUUAUGUUAACAACGUCGCAUUAAUCUCAUCAAUUAACUUAUGUGGCCGCUCACCAGAAUUAUUUUGCGGAUUUUCACUGUUAGCACGUUAAGCACUUUUGUGGCACGAUACAAGCAAGAAGAACUACAAAUUGGCGGAGACUGGCGGCAGUUUAACAGAGUGUGUUAUCUGGUGAUAGUCGGCUUUAUUCCGGCACCAGCAGAACCUGCGAUGAACGCUGGACAGCAAGACAUCCAAAUAAAAAGGGUUUCCUCAAGGAAGAGGCCGAGGGACGGACUGAAGGCUUACCUGACACCUGCCCGGGAGAGAGGCCGAGGUAGCUGCGUACAGCCAUGCCCCGGAAACAGCAGGUUCAGCAGCAUCAUGGCUCAAAUACAACCUGCCGAGUACUGCAGUGACAGCGAGGAUUUAUUUGGGGACUAUGACAGUAUCCUGGAGGACAGCUCUCUCUUGGCAAAGCUGGAUGAUGCAGAACAAAAUGAACGUGACCUCCAGAGCGCCGCUCACAUCGUCGCUGUGGAUCAGCAGGACUGCGCGACUCUGCGACUAUCGAAAGACGGCGUCUGGAAACGGUCCUGCGAGGACAUUCUCAGCGACUCCAUCCUAGACGGACUUGGAGACGAAGCCUUCGAGGACUUACCGGCCAGCCAGAUUCAGUUUCAAGAACAGGUUCGUGACAACAUAAAGAGGAGCAGACUGCAGGAUGGAGAUAGAACUUCGACACCUUCUAGAAAGUCUGACAGGACAGCUGAGGCUGGAACGGACGGAAACACGGAGGAUAAGUCCAAGAGACAAAACAAAGCGAGGAGGAGUAUGACUGAUCAGCUGAAGAGGGCGAUGCUCUGUAACGCUGCAGCUCCCUCAAGUGUUUCUCGGACCGUCGUGUUAAAAGAAGCGGUGGUUUCGGAGGAGAUCAGCGUCGCCAUGCAGGCCAUGGAAACUGUAUCUGCUGAGACGACCGACCUCGGGCCUUUCUUUGGACUCCCCACCAAAGUAAAAGACCUGCUGCACAAACUAAGAGGAAUCAUGAAUUUAUAUGAUUGGCAGCAGAUGUGUCUGAACCUGGACUGUGUUCAGCAGAGGAAGAAUCUGAUCUACUCUCUUCCCACCAGCGGAGGGAAAACUCUUGUUGCAGAGAUCCUCAUCCUCAGAGAGCUGCUGUGCAGGAAGAAAGACUGUCUGUUCAUCUUACCCUACAUAUCACUGGUGCAGGAGAAGGUACGGGGGUUAGCGAGCUUUGGCCUGGAGCUGGACUUCAUGGUGGAGGAGUACGCUGGCAGUAAGGGCAAGUUUCCUCCGGUGAAGAGGAGAAACAAGACAUCAAUUUACAUCACUACGAUAGAGAAAGCCCACAGCCUGGUGAACUCUCUGAUAGAAACCAGCAGGCUGGAUAACCUCGGACUGGUGGUGGUUGAUGAGCUUCACAUGCUGGGUGACGGCAGUAGAGGGGCUGUUAUUGAGAUGACACUGGCUAAACUUCUGUAUAUGAGCAAAAAGACUCAGAUUAUUGGAAUGAGCGCCACGCUGGGAAACAUCAGAGACCUGCAGACAUUUUUGAAGGCUGAAAAUUACACAAAUGACUUCAGACCUGUCCAGCUGAAAGAAUAUGUCAAACUGAAUGACACCAUCUAUGAAGUGGACCCAAAGGAAGAGGAUUGUUUUAAGUUCUCACGUCUUCUCAAAUUUAAGUACUCCAGUGCGAUGCAGAAGAUCGACCCAGAUCACAUAAUAGCUCUGGUGGCUGAGGUCAUUCCGACACAUUCGUGUCUGGUCUUCUGUCCCACCAAGAAGAACUGUGAGAACGUCGCAGGGAUGAUCUGCAAGUAUCUGAAAAAGGAGUUUCUCCAGCACAGGGAGGCGGGGAAGGCCGUCCUCCUCAGAGAGCUGAGGGACAGCGGGAACGGCUCGGUGUGUCCGGUGCUCAGGAGGACUGUGCCGUAUGGUUUGGCCUAUCACCACAGCGGACUGACCACCGAGGAGAGGAAACUGGUGGAGGAGGCCUACUCCAACGGGGUCCUCUGUCUCCUCACCUGUACCUCCACCCUGGCUGCAGGGAUCAACCUGCCUGCCCGCAGAGUGAUUCUGCGAUCGCCGUACGUGGGCACAGACUUCCUGAAGAGAAGUCAGUACAAACAGAUGGUGGGACGGGCCGGUCGAGCCGGGAUCGACACUGUGGGAGAGAGCAUCCUCAUCCUGCAGGACAAGGAGAGGAAUAUGGCUAAAACACUUGUGUGUGCCCCGAUGGAGAACUGUUUCAGCAACCUGAUGCACGACGGUGGAAAAGGCAUCCUGAGUCUCAUCCUGUCCCUCGUUGGACUGAAUAUCACCACCUCGUUAGAGCAGAUGAGAGAGUUCCUCCGUGGGACGCUGCUGCAUGUUCAGGAGAAGCAGCUGUGUGUGGAGAAGAGUCUGUGGGACGUGGUGCAGCAGUGUGUCGACCUCCUGAAGGAGAAAGAUCUCAUCACCGUGACUUCUGACUCGCACGGCCAAACUCUGCAGGUCACCAAGCUGGGAAAAGCUACCUACAAAGGCUCAGUGGAUCUGACCUAUAGUGACGUUCUGUACAAAGACCUGUCUAAAGGUCUGGAGGGUCUGCUGCUCAACAGUUACCUCCACCUGGUCUACCUGGUCACACCCUACGACAUGAUUUCACAGUGCAAACCGGACUGGAUGGUUUACUUCAGACAGUUCACCCUACUGACGGCUGCAGAGCAGAAGAUGUCCGCAGCCGUCGGAGUGCCCGAGAGUUUUGUCACUAGGAAAGCCGCAGGACAGACGGUGAAAAACAACGUGAACAUGGUGGUGGUGAGGCGGAUGUAUCUGGCUCUGGUGCUGUUUUCUUUACUGAAGGAAACAAACCUGUGGAGCGUGGCCGACAGGUUUCAGCUGAGCCGAGGCUUCAUCCAGACUCUACUCAGCUCCUCCUCGGCUUUCUGCUCCUGCGUGCUGCACUUCACGGAGGAGCUGGAGGAGUUUUGGCCGUUUAAAGCGUUGCUGACGGAGCUGACGCGAAGGCUGAGUUACUGUGUGAAGGCGGAGCUCAUCCCUCUGAUGGAGGUGGCUGGAGUCAUGGAGUCAAGAGCGAAGCAGCUGUAUAACGCCGGCUACAAGACGCUGACUCACCUGGCAAACGCUGACCCUGCGGUUUUGUCCAAGACCAUAGAAAACCUCUACAAGAAACAGGCCAACCAGAUCGUGGCCUCGGCUAAAAUGCUUCUGAAUGAAAAAGCUGCAGCUCUUCAGGAGGAAGUGGAUGACCUGCUGAUGAUGCCUUUAGAUCUGCCCACGGCUUUAAAAACACAGCAACUCGUCUGACUUCAUUUAUUACAGAGAAGUUUUAUUCUCUUCCUAAACCGCUGGGAAUUUCAGUUUUUUAACUCUUUCAUUGGUUUGAAAUACAUAUCGUAUUAAAGUCAUGUCCACCAACA